UAUUUUUAGCCCGUAACGUCACUGUCACUGUGCGUUUGCUACUCCCAAAGCGCGAAGCAACCAACCAACCAAUCAAAACAAAGCACUCACAUUUUCCUCAAGAGUUCCGGCGGCCUACAUGCUCCUCCUCCUCCACCUACCCUCCUCUCCCUCCCCCGCUACUCAAAUGGCGCGUUACAUUCCACGCACCGCCCUCAUGUCCAACUCAUCUGCGCCGCACCUUAUCUUCCCUCCCGGAACGCACAGUUUCGAGGCCUCAAAAUCCCUGGUUUUUGGUCGGAGAUUUCAUGCGAUGUGCGGAGAAAAAUUGAGAGGUGCUGCGGGUGCGAGACCAUUGCUAAGGGGACGAGCCUUCGCUGCUCAGAGAGACCUCAGAAAGGCGAGGCGGCGAGCCCCAAAGAGCAAGGAGAAGGAGCUGGAGCUCAGUGUCAGUGUUUCUAUGGAAGAAGCUUUGCCUGAAAAUCCUGAAAUCUCGACUAUUGCAGAAUUGCUUCGUGUAGAUGCUCCAGCAGCAAUGAAACUGGCGUUUGACGGUCUGAAAGAUUCGGUGUAUAAAACAAGGGAUAAUGCGGUCAGCAAUGUUGGUGGAUAUGAAAGCACCGAGCUUUCCGUGCUUCUUUGCAAUGACGAAUUUAUCCGAAAACUUAAUAAAGAAUGGAGAGGGGAGGACCAUGCUACUGAUGUUCUUUCCAUGUCCCAGCAUGUCCCUGAUCUUAGGCUUCCCAUUCUUAUGUUGGGUGACAUCGUGAUUUCUGUUGAGACAGCUGCAAGACAAGCCGAGCAAAGAGGCCACACGCUCCUUGACGAGAUGCGCAUUCUCAUGGUACAUGGUUUGUUACAUCUCUUAGGAUUUGAUCAUGAGCUUAGCAAAGAUGCUGAAGUGGAAAUGGAGAAGGAGGAAGAUCUUCUCUUAAAGAGUCUUGGGUGGAAGGGAAAGGGGUUAAUUCAGAGUGUAUAUGAUGCUGAAACCCAAACCCUGGGGGACAAACUAGAUGACAGUAAGAGAGAAGGCAGCCUUCAAUAUAAUAAGCCAAAGUUCAGAUAUGUUUUCUGUGAUAUGGAUGGCACCCUUCUCAACAGCAAAAGUCAACUGAGUUCAACAAAUGUGAAGGCUCUGAAAGAGGCCUCAUCAAGGGGUGUGAAAGUAAUGAUAGCAACCGGAAAAGCUCGUCCAGCUGUGAUGCGCAUUUUUAAGGAAGUUGAUUUAGCUGGAGAAGAUGGCAUUGUUUCAGAAUUUUCUCCUGGGGUUUUCUUGCAGGGAUUGCUUGUUUAUGGUAGGCAAGGUCGGGAAAUUUUUAGAAGGAAUUUGGAUGCAAAUGUAUGCAGAGAGGCAUGUCUUUACUCUUUGGAGACUGAGGUUCCUCUUGUUGCAUUUACCGAGGAUCGUUGUUUAACUCUAUUUGAUCACCCACUUGUUGAUUCCAUGCAUACUGUAUAUCACGAGCAAAAGGCGGAGAUCAUGCCUUCAGUUGAGCAUCUCGUGGCUGCUGCUGGAAUACAGAAACUAGUCUUCAUGGACACUCCUGAGGGAGUGACUACUGCUUUGAGGCCAUACUGGUCAGAAGCAACUGGAGAUUGUGCCAGAGUUGUUCAAACUGUGCCUGAUAUGCUUGAAAUUGUUCCCCCCGGAACCUCAAAAGGCAGUGGAGUAAACAUGCUGCUUGGUCAUUUGGGAAUCACUCCAAAGGAGAUCAUGGCUAUUGGCGAUGGAGAAAAUGAUAUAGAGAUGCUUGAGCUGGCUUCUUUAGGCAUUGCUCUUAGUAAUGGAGCAGAGAAGACAAAAGCUGUGGCUAAUGUAGUUGGUCUCAGCAACGACGAAGAUGGUGUAGCCGAUGCAAUCUACCGGUAUGCAUUGUGAGCUUCCCUUCAUACAAAGAAGAACUGGAACAAAUAUAGCUUGAACAAUUAGGAAGGAUGAGAUAUCUCAUAUGCAACUUGUCAAAUUCUUUACAAUAAUUUCCAGUAUGAAGAACUGCUAGUGAGCCUGGCGAUAAAGAUGGAAAUUGUCAUUUUGUGCACUUUAUACAGACAUUUGUGGUAAAUACAUUUUUCUUGUAUUUUUACAUGGAGUCAUCCUCCAUGACACUAGUCAAUAAUAUUUACCAAAAAUGGGAAAGAAUUUUUUUAUUUUAUUUUAGUA